AUGUGCUAUAACCAGAACCUUCUUCAUCCAGUCUCAGCUUAUUCUAAUCUUGGGCUUAGUGUCAUGGCAGAUGAUGAUUUAGAAAUAGCAGAUGAUGUUUUAGAGGAAGAAUGUGAAAGUUGUUAUGACUUUGAAGAUCUGGAUUUUUGUUAUAGUAAUAAUUUAAUCUCUACAAAUAUGGCAAACAGCCAGCCAGUACUAUCAGUGACGAAUUCAACGUCAAAUAAUGAAUGUUCAAAUUCGUGUAUUGAAGAAAAAAAAGAAUUUUUCCAAGAUACUGUUGAUAAAGAAAUAAAGUUUGAAAAAAUUAUUGAGUGUCAAAAAGCAAAUGGAGAGUUUGUUGGUGUAGAAGAAAUAAUUAAAGAAAUUAUUACGAUUCAAAGCAAUGGUAUUGACAAUGAUGUUAUUCAAACAUUUUUUGUUAUUCAUUUAUUAAAAGAAAGGUUCUCUGAAAAUAAAGUUGAAUGGAAGUUAGUUGUUAAAAAAGCAGAAAAUUGGUUAGAAAGUAAACCAGCUAUUUCUGAAGAGAUUAAGAAUAGAAUAAUCUCAUUAGUUAAAUUAAUAAAACUCUAA